GUGUCGUGGGUACAGGAGCGCGCGGGGAAAAGGGGUAAAACGCUGCCCUAUGUUGUCCGGUACUGUGGGAGGUGCAGGCUAGCGUCGCUAUGGCUAACAAGAUGCUCAGAGCUGGUUAUUUAUUGAAUUUAGCAGUAUCGCCAACCUAGUGGAUGUUCAUCCAAGCACAAAGCCCAUUGGCACGAAUCGGUUCCGACUACGGCAGACAUGGCAGGGAUUAUCAAAAAGCAAAUUCUCAAACAUUUGUCAAGGUUCACCAAGAAUCUGUCCCCAGACAAGAUCAACCUGAGUACCUUGAAGGGGGAGGGACAGCUGUCCAACCUAGAGCUUGAUGAAGAAGUUUUGCAAAACAUGCUCGACCUGCCUACCUGGCUGGCCGUCACACGUGUGUACUGCAACAAAGCCGCCAUCAGGAUCCAAUGGACCAAGUUAAAAACAAGUCCUAUUUGUCUGUUCUUGGAUAAGGUGGAGGUAGAAAUGAGAACGUGUGAGGAGCCCCGUCCUCCCAAUGGCCCUUCUCCUAUUGCCAUCACAGCAGGCCAAAGCGAGUACGGCUUUGCGGAGAAAGUGGUGGAGGGCAUGUCUGUUCGAAUCAACUCCAUCACCAUCAAAGUCCAGGCUCGGGCCUUCCAUGCGUCCUUUGAGCUGUGGCAGCUGCAGGGCAACAGCCUUAACCCUAAAUGGGAGCGCAGCGACCUCCGCAACACCCGCAUCACUGACCCGAAGAGAGGAGAGGUGUUGACAUUCAAGGAAAUAAACUGGCAGACUUUACGUAUCGAGGCAGACGCCAUCGAGAGUGAUGAUCAGGAUCUAGGUAGCACUCCUUUACGCCUCAUCACUAACCAGGGGCGCAUUCGGAUUGCUCUAAAACGCAGAAUAAAGGACUGCAACGUGCUGGCUUCCAAACUGCUUUUUAUUCUGGAUGACUUGUUGUGGGUGCUGACGGACUCCCAGCUCAAAGCCAUCAUCCGCUAUUCUAAAUCUCUCAGUGAGGCUAUGGAGAAGUCGGCCCAGCAAAGGAAGAGCAUGACCGCAGAGUCCCUGCAGACUGCGCUUCCAUCACCUGGUCUUCAUAACCUUUGGACAGAUUCACCACCCCCUCCUAGUGCCUCACCCAACAACACAAGUCACUACUUUGAUCGCUUCGACGUGAAAGAGUCUUCUUACCACACCUUUGUUUCUCGCUUGGACUUGCAUGUAUGCAAUGACAGUUCUUCAGUGGCUGAAGAUGUAGAAGAACCUCCAGUGUUACAGGGUGCCAUGCAGCUAACCUUCAGGAAGUUGGGGUUUGACUACUAUCCCGUCCAUAGACCUGCUGAUGGAUGUCGGCACUGGGAACGGUACAGCGGAGCCAUGGAGGCUCAGGCCCAGUGGGCAGGGAAAUUGCUGCAGGAGUACCAGAGGAGAGCUGAGGCCUCAGGGUUCCCAGGGCCACAUACUGUAGGGCCUGAGCCUCACAAUAACUCACCAGCAAAAAAAGCUCAAGAUGGAGCAACUAGUCCAAAGUCAAGGUGCUCUGAAAAAGACCAGAUAACCAGAAGCCAGAGCUCCUCACUAAAAAGGUUGCGGUCAAGUUGUGUGGUGGUCCGGAUGGAUGACGUUGACAUUCACCAGGUGUCGACAAAGGGCCGUCAGAACAAAAAAACUAAGCCUUUGUUGUCCUGUAAUCGUAAAGCUCUACAUCUGCCAGACAAUGUACCAGCAAUACAUCUGCAGUUUACUGAAUACUACUUUCCCAACAACUCUACUUGCUCAGUGCCAACGGCAAGCUUGUACUCCCAGGUAAAUGGCCUCCAGCUGUGUGUGGACCCAGAAAGUGUGUUGUGGAUAAAUCUGUUUUCCAGAGGACUGCUACACACUCUGCAUCAGGUCAAAGCGUUCUACCAUUUACAGGACAGCAGCAAAGCAGACGAGCAUGUAGACAUCCGUCUGGAUGCAGCUCAGCUUAAGGUGAUAAUACCCCUGGAUUCUUCCAUAUUGGAUCAUCCAGAGCGUCCACAGUCCCUCUCAAUUACUGUACCUCAGCUGGCUGUCAGCAACACCCGCUUCUGCCCUCAUGGCUCCAGAGCCGACCUCAACAUUACUUGUGACACAUUUGCAAGCUGUUCUUUCUUCCAGCCCACGUCACCCUGUCCUUAUCCGAGAGAUCGUCUUGCCUUCUGCGCAAUACCAUCAAGUUUCCUCCAGCAUUCGCUAGAGACGACACCGCCGCCAGUGGGUACAAGGCAACUACGGUCCCAGGAUGUGUGGUCCCUGAGCCUAUCCCGUGUUACUUUAGGUUUUAAUGGGGCUAGAAUCCUUCCCAAGGGCAAAACGCAACCUUUUAUUGAACCCUUUGCUAUGUCUGCAUGGAUAUGCAAGCCUUCUGCCUGGACAAGUGGUUCAUGUUCCCCCUCCAUCCCCAGCGGGGGCCAUCAGCCUUCCUCAGAACCACCCAAAGAAGAUGCUUCACUUGCCACUUUUCACUUAAUAGCUCAUGCUAUCACUCCAGUGAAAGUGUGGCUGAACCACUAUCAGUACGUUGCAUUGCUGAGAAUGAAAGACGCCCUAUCCCGUUUGGGCAUGGAAUUAAGUCGAGAUCAAAAGGACAUUAGGAAGGCUUGUGAUCAAAAGACAAAACCGGUCACAGUUAGUCUUGCCGUGCUGCUGGAUUUGGUGGAAGUGGGUCUUCUGUUGCCACCAGCCGUCACAGAGCCUGAGGAAGAGAUUCUGCAUACUCCAGAGACAGACAGCCCCAGCAUAACAGACUCGGACAUCUCCCCCACUCAUCACUCUGAAGAAUUGAUCCAGGAGGACAGCAACUUACAAAAUGGUGUGGCCUCCGUCAGUGCAGCCCUCAAUACAUUUGAUCAAGAUGAACAAGAUGGCACAGUUGAGGAAGCACAUGAGGCUGUCGAAGAGGGACUGGAAGGUGAUGCUUCAACACCCCUUGAAGAAACCCCCAUCAUGUUCCCUCAACUCUCACCCGGAAUCUCUCCUGCCCUCUCCCGAGAACCGUCCACCUUUAGCUUGGAGGGAGAGCUGUCAAGCGCCAUCAAUGUCACCAAAGAUGCGACCAAAGACGCCAUCAGUGCCUCAUUGGAGUUGACCAAAGGGGCGUUUUCAAUAACAAAAGACACGUUCAGCAUGUUGAGUCGUGGCUCAGGGAUGAGCAAAUUAUUCAGUCCUCACACCAAGGAACAAGUCCAACGCCUAGAAGAAUCAACCCCCUCUCUAGCAACUAGUGUGCGGCAGCAAAUGAUGAAGCAGUCGCCUUCCCAGCAUUCUUUUGACAGCGCCAUCUUGGAUGGUAAUCUGCCUGAUGAACAUCUCUCCGUUGGCAGUGACAUCAGCGACAAUUUUGUUGUUCUCAUGGAAUCAGAGUCAUGUGGAGAUUCUCCACAUUUCAACAUCAAUCUUGCAGGCAGCCAAGGCAGCCCUGCUCCUGCGACGGAAGGAGGAUCUUCAGCUGAUCUCAGCAGCUCCCUUUCUCUAAGUAUAGAGGAUGUAUCUACAGAAAUGUCCUCUGUGUUGCUAUUGAUUCUGAGUGGGACAGCCUGCACAAUGGAAGUAAAUGGAGAGGACCAAGUUAUUGCUGUGCAAGCCCAGAAUUUGAACUCUGUACAAAUGGGUAACAUCAGGAUUUCCGAUCUGCUGGCUGGUCUCAUACAAGCUCCUGCCCACAAGCAGAAUGGACAGAGUAGCAGGGACUCUCCUGCAGUGUGCAUGCGAGCAGAGACAGGCCCAUCUGCAGACCGACACACUGACACGGAUUUUAGCACGCUAAAUGUGAGAGUGCAAGACUGUCAUGCUGAGCUUUUAGCCUCCACUCUAGCAAACAUUGGGCCUUUUCUAGAGGACGAGUUCAGUGUUGAUGGUCAGCCAAUAAAGUUACAUUUGAGCAAUGUAACUGUCACUGUGAAGGAUGAUAGCCCCAGAGUUUACCCAACAGCUCCUCAACCAACCUCAGCCACGUUCAUUGUUGAUCAACUACUUCUUCAGCGCAGUGAUGAUGGCAUCAUGAGGCUCAAAGCCGAAGGCCAGGACAACCCAAACAAGUCCUACUCUGUUCAAAAGUGGAGUGAGCUGAAAACUCUGGAGUCCAAGCUUUCUGAUACAAAGGUGGCCCUAACUCAGGCCCUCAGUGACAGAGAGCGCCUCCUUUUGGAGAUCAAGAAGUAUGACCCCAAGUUUUCACUGUGAGCCUCACACCUCUUCAAUUUGCCCCUGCUAAAGAACACUGGAACACAAAAUGUUGCAAAGAUUCUUAUCAAAAGUGGUAAGAUAACAUUUGCAGUAAAAUUAUGGUACGGUUAAGGUUAUAAUUAAUAUAUAAUAGUACAAUUUAAUAAAUUAGGCUUCACUAUGGAUUUGAAUCCAGGAUUAUUUAUUCCCAAUAACUAUUGAAAACUCCUAGCUAUAUUUAAGUGUGUUUCUCUUAAUGCACUUUAGUCCUUGAAUAUAUUAUUUAAAUUUGCUCCAUUUUCAAAUAGAUGAAAUCCAUCAACUUACAGGUGUAAGUAUACACCUUCCUAAUGUUUACUUUUAGAUCAACUGUGUUGGUGUUUAGAGGCCAAAUGUUAAAAAAGGAUCAGGUCAUAGUCAAAUAAACCAGAUCUAACUGUACAAACCGUACUAUCAGAGGAGACAUCCCUCACUGAAUCGGUUGUUUUCCACUCCAGUUAGUGUGAACUCACUGGAAACUCACUGUGUCUUUAUAAUUUGUCACGCAGCAUGCUAGGUUAGAUAAAGUCAUUCUUUUUUCCCCAGUUGAUAAUUUGUAGUUGAUCAAAUGUUAACCCCCCCAACAGCUGCCAGUCAGUCAUACUGUAACUCACGGUACUUGCCACACAUAGAUAACAUGGUAUGUAAUGGAGAUUGUAACUGUACAGUAGAACAAAUACAUCCAUCCAUCCAUUUUCUUGUAGCACCAUAUUUAUAUAUGCAUAAACUAUGAUGUAGCAUAUCAGUUGAACGUAAGUUAUGAUGUAUAAAGAAAACCGGAACCUUUUUUGACAUAAGACAUUGAUGUACUGUAUGCAAAUAAAGUGUGUGGCCAUCAUAACACACUCUUAUUAAGUCCUAUUUAAAAUCAUGUACAUAUUUCUACAGUGUUGUACUGCAAUUAUAAUCUGGGCCUUCUUAAUAGCUCUUUUGUGUAGCUUACUGGUGUUCCUUACCUCUUACAAAGGAAGAGGGACACCAUGCCUGUUUAAAUGUAUGUAUUUAUUUACACAACUAAUAAGAUGUUAUGUUAUACCACCAAUGCACAGUAUUUUGGAGUCAUGCCAUUGCAAGACAUCCUGGUGGUACUAAUUUGAAUGGUCAUGCAGUGUGUCAUAUAAGGCACACUUGUUUAUGUUGUAUGUGAAUUUAGCUGCAACCUUUCUUUUAUACAGAAUGACUGUCAUUCAGUAUAAACACUGCACAGUUUGAAAUUCAUUACAUGAAUGUUUAAUUUACAAUGUGCCAUAUACGCCGAUAUAUUUUAUUAUCAUCUUAUGUGGUGUGGUAUUUCACAUUAGUAGGCACAUGGCUUAUUUUUUGUAUGGUUAGCUCAGUGCACGCGGGUGAAGUGAAGUGAAUUAUAUUUAUAUAGCGCUUUUUCUCUAGUGACUCAAAGCGCUUUACAUAGUGAAACCCAAUAUCUAAGUUACAUUUAAACCAGUGUGGGUGGCACUGGGAGCAGGUGGGUAAAGUGUCUUGCCCAAUGACACAACAGCAGUGACUAGGAUGGCGGAAGCGGGGAUUGAACCUGCAACCAUCAAGUUGCUGGCACGGCAGCUCUACCAAACGAGCAUACCGCCCUCUUGUGGCUGUGACUCGCCAGUACACACACUUAAAGGUUGUUUUUUUUUUUUUUUUUAAGUUUUCUUCUGUUGCCUUUCCAGUAGUGAGUUAGAGAAAGUGGAAUGUUCCAUUUUAAGCAAUACAUAGUCUAAUGGUCGUUUUCAAUCAAAAACGCAUCAAAGAGCAGUUAAAACAUACUUGGGAUGUCCGUACUUUGAUAUUUUGAAUAUUACAAAUGAAAAUGGUUUCACUUGAAUUACCUUGUAACCAUCGACACAUCCUCAAUUUGUAGACGUAAGAUAUGUUGGUAUGCAUUUGCAGUCAGUGAUAUGUAGCGCUUUUUCUCAGCUGGCACUUUUAUUAAUUCAACAUCCUUUGCCCUCAAAAGUGGGUCAGGGUUUCUAAGCAAACUUUUCUAAUGUGCAAUGCAGAUUGUUGGUGUGUGUGUGUGUGCUCUUUAAUGCAUGAACUAACCUGUCAUAGUAUUGUUUGGGUAAAAUAAUAAAUGUGGAGUUUGCACUCAUUUUUACAUAAAAUACUACAAAGAUGGCAGGGAGCCCUUGUGUAAUCUUCUAUGUGAUGCAACUCUUUCGAACCAUGUGGACAGUAUUUGUUAUUCAACUUUGUAUAUCUAUCACUUGAGACUAAUGAAAUUGGUUCUGUGAACCACUGUUAAGUGUAAUGUGUUUAAGAGAAUAAACAAAAACUUACUAAACACAAAACAUUUAGACUGUUCUUAUUUGUCCAUGAACUGUAUUGCCUCUACAGCCUAUAGUCAUUGAGUCCAAA